UGAAGAGUUAGAUGCUCAACUGACUGAGCCACCCAGACACCCCAGCCAAAGCCCCUCUUUCAAUUCACUUCUUGCCCAUUUUCCCAUAGCCAAUGGGCUCUGAUUCCUCCCCCAUCUCAAGCUUCCAAUUCUUAGCCUGUUCUGUUCUGCUGCUGCUGCUGCCUGCCGAUUCAAGGAGGGGGAGAGUGGGGUGACUCAGCCUGGCCGGGAUGACUCACACUGCCAGUAUUUUUAGCAGCGGCCAGGAGCUCUCUAGCGUGCCAGCCGCCCCCCUCCUCCUGCUUGCUAUUUUGGAACCGUCACUGGUGAUAUAAAUAGCUCCUCUCCCACGGCCUGAAGCUGCUGCCAAGCUAUUUUUGGUUCUGCUCAGUUAAAAAUAGCUUCACGGAGGUGGGAGGCAAGGGGAGUGGGAGCUGGCCUAGGGAGAGGAGACAUUGGGGCACACAGAGCUUCUCAACUUGAAUUAGAAUGGGUGAAAUAGGAUGAGCCCUUCUCGUCCCCCUCCCUUAUCCUUUUCUAGACCCUUCUUUCCUUCCAGAGGGACUUCCCCCCAGCCCAUUCUGGAAAAAUGCAAGGAUUCUUCCCUUGAGCUAGUUCUUCUCUCAUGCUAAUUUUACUCUUCCAGCUCAGAAACCUUGGGACCCUAAACCCUAACCCCCCCCCACAUUCAUCCUCCAAGGAGAUUAACUAACUGGGGCCUCAUUCUGAGGCUUGUGUGAACUCAAGCUCUUCUUUAAUGUCCAGGCAAAUCAUGGCCAAAUUAUUUUUCCGGGUGAUUUUUUCAGAACCAUGGACAGCGGUCAGUGCCCCAUUCUCUGUUCAGCUCCGUGGAGACUGGAUGGACAAGACCAACGUUCUUAUCCUAGAAGGGGGUGCUAAGAUUGUCUCCCAGCCAAGGCUAAAGCAUCACUAGGUGAAGAAAUCAGGAACACUGCCCCCGAUUUUCAUACAAGAAUGGUCCAAAGAUCAUUGGACCAAAGGGCUUGUCCAAACAGAAGCUUGAGGGAGGGGUGGGUGGGUGCACCAGAGGUCAGAUACAGAUGGAAGUGGAACAGAGGUGUACUUCCUGAGGGAAUGAUUUCUCUGUAAUCCAGAUAAAUAGGGUUAGAGAUAGUGGCAGACAGACAGGCACACACACCUCUUUCCUUCCUCCCAGUCGCGCCACUGAACACAGGAUGGAUGAUGGAGAUGGCCCCAACCUCUGCCAAAAUGGCACAAAAGGUCACGACUGGGUGCCCAGAUGCCUUCUUCUGAGACACACUUCUCCUCAGCUGUCUUCUGCCCCCACUCUGCCUCUCUUGCCACCACAUUUCCCCAAAGGGAUGAGGAGUUUCUUGACCCCAAAUUUUGCUUUGACCCCAAAGUUUAUCCCCACCCUUCCUAUGUGACUUUCUACCAUCAGGCCAGACCCUCUCCCCCAAUUUUUAAGUGGUCUUAUUUUCAGCCUCUUCAUACUUUCACACAGAUCCUUAGUCUACCAUAAGAUUUCACAUAAAAUGUCCCCUAGACCACAUCCUUCUCCUUUUAUGGAAGUCUGGGGAAAGAAAGGCUCCCCUCAGCCCCUGUGGACAGCAACUAACUGUGCUGAAAAGAGAAAAAAAGAAAGAAGGAGAUAGAGGGCAAAGGUGACAGGAUGUGGAGACAAAACUGAUGAAGAGAGGCGGGGAAUCUGGAGAGAGUAGAAGGGGAAAUUUUUCUUGGGGAGGGGUACAAAGCUGAAACAGAACACCAGGCAGGCAAUGAGAUUCAUAAACUAGUCGGGGCCGAGGGAGGACGAUGUGGAGAGUUGAAGGUUAAGAGACAGAACAAGGAGUCCUAGUGCGGAAGAUGGGGAGGGGGUUGGAGAGGGGUACGGAGGACAGCCCGACGGAACUACGGGGUCCCUGGCAGGUGCAGGGAUCUCGGAGGGUGCAGCACAGCCCCCUCGUUUCUUUGCUGCUUCCCAAUCUUCCCCGCCAGAGACGGGGGGAGCCCUCCGGAGCGGUGCGGAGGCAGCCAGGCCCCGCCCGCCGCCGCCGCCGCGGCAGCCGCCGGAGGAUUCCUGUCCUAAUAUGGAGCUGGGAUUCCCCCGGCCCCGCCCCCGCCCCCGGCCCGCCGGGAGACCGAGGCUUGCAGUCGGGCGGGGGGAACCGCUCGCUCUGGGGGCUGGCAACGGGGUGGGGGAAGGGAUACCUAGGUGCAGACCGAGAUCCUCACGGUGCCCUGGGACCCUGCCUCAGUUUCCCUUGUUAGUGACUGCAGUUAAUGAGUUGACAGGGAAACCGAGAAUCACUGCAGACUACAGCGUUGGUGUUGGCGUUGCUAUUCUUGGUUGUGGGAAACUAGAACCAAGGCCAAAUUCAGCCAGUCCCUCUCCCUCAGGACCCCCUUUUCACCCCACCCUAGAGACUUAGACUCCCAUGUAAUGCCCCCCGCUAAAUGCCAAGACCUGUGUUUCGAAAGGGUUGGGGGAGGAGAUUUGUUCUUUGAAAGUGACUAAGGGAAUCCCAGAUUGAGUAAUCCCUAGAGAGAAACCUCAGCUGCGACCCAUCCCACAGAGGCCAAGGAGGGUCCUACUUCUCCACGUGUGAACGUGACCUUUGUCUGGCCAAUAGCAGGGAAGAAUUUGUAGACGACCCCGCGCCUCCCCCAUUUCCUUAUCACCUUAGAAAAAUUGAUGUCGGAAAUAGUCCCUCCCUCCCCUCUACAGACUCUCCUGCCAGGGACUUCAGACUGCCCUAACCCUUGCCCUUGUCCCUUCCCUCAGCUGAAUACAUUUGGACCCCUGGCGCCCUGCACCCCCUUUCAGGGUUUCCUAGCGCAGCGCCUGCUUCUCAGCUCAGCUGCUGCCAGCCGCGGCCCCCUCCGCAGCCUCCGUUCUCCCCCUCCUCCCGUCCCCCCUCCCGCUCUCAUUCUACGUCAUGGGAUGACGUUGGGAGCCAGGGAGGGAGGAGGAGCGCUCCCCCCUCCCCAGGCAGCGGCUCCCGCUGCAGCUUGCUUAGCCCAGCCUCCUGCUUUCCCGCCCCCCCUUUCUCUAAAGCGAGCCCCCCACGCCUAGCAGGAGCUAUAUAAGGCGGAACGAAGCAGGCGACGGGGGCAGCGCAGCCGAGCGGAGCCCAGGAGAGGAGAGAGAAGGAGAGAGAGAGCCUGAGCGAGAGACGGGGAAGCAAGAAGGAAGAAGCCACCGGUGCGUCUGGACCGGAGCGCAGGUGUUCGGAGCACCGGAGCUGGAGCUCUGCAGCCGCUAGUCAUGUACCGCUCCACCAAGGGCGCCUCCAAGGCGCGCCGCGACCAGAUCAACGCUGAGAUCCGGAACCUCAAGGAGCUGCUGCCUCUGGCCGAAGCGGACAAGGUCCGGCUGUCCUACCUGCACAUUAUGAGCCUUGCUUGCAUCUACACCCGCAAGGGCGUCUUCUUCGCUGGAGGCACUCCUCUGGCGGGCCCCACAGGACUUCUCUCAUCUCAAGAGCUUGAAGACAUAGUGGCAGCACUACCUGGAUUUCUACUUGUGUUCACAGCAGAGGGAAAGCUACUUUAUCUGUCUGAGAGUGUGAGCGAACAUCUGGGCCACUCCAUGGUGGACCUGGUUGCCCAGGGUGACAGUAUCUAUGACAUCAUUGACCCAGCUGACCACCUAACUGUGCGCCAGCAGCUCACUCUGCCCUCUGCCCUGGACACUGAUCGCCUCUUCCGCUGUCGCUUCAACACCUCCAAGUCUCUCAGGCGCCAGAGUGCAGGCAACAAACUGGUGCUUAUUCGAGGCCGAUUCCAUGCUCAUCCGCCUGGAGCCUACUGGGCAGGAAACCCCGUUUUUACAGCUUUCUGUGCCCCACUGGAACCAAGACCUCGUCCUGGUCCUGGCCCUGGCCCUGCUUCACUCUUCCUGGCCAUGUUCCAGAGCCGUCAUGCUAAGGACCUGGCCCUACUGGACAUCUCUGAGAGUGUCCUAAUCUACCUGGGCUUUGAGCGCAGUGAACUGCUCUGUAAAUCAUGGUAUGGACUUCUGCACCCUGAGGACCUGGCCCACGCUUCUGCUCAACACUACCGCCUGUUGGCUGAGAGUGGAGAUAUUCAGGCAGAGAUGGUCGUGAGACUGCAGGCCAAGCCUGGAGGCUGGGCAUGGAUUUAUUGCCUGUUAUACUCAGAAGGUCCAGAGGGCCCCAUUACUGCUAAUAACUACCCAAUCAGUGACACGGAAGCCUGGAGCCUCCGCCAGCAGCUGAAUUCUGAAAAUACCCAGGCAGCCUAUGUCCUGGGCACCCCAACAAUGCUGCCCUCAUUCCCUGAGAACAUCCUCUCCCAAGAGCAGUGUUCCAGCCCCAACCCACUCUUCACCCCAGCCCUGGGGGUUCCCAGAAGCACCAAUUUCCCUAGUGCUCCAGAACUGGGUGCUGCUUCAACAUCAGAAGAGCUUCCCCAAUCCCAAAAAGAGCUGGGUUUUAGUUACCUGGCAUUCCCGUCUGGCUCUCAGCCUUCUCUUCAAGCAGACCUGAGCAAGGAUCUUGUGUGCACCCCACCCUACACUCCUCACCAGCCAGGAGGCUGUGCCUUCCUCUUCAGCCUCCACGAGCCCUUCCAGACCCACCUGUCCACUCCUUCCAGCUCUCUCCAAGAACAGCUGACUCCAAGCACCGCAACAUUUUCUGAUCAACUGACGCCCAGCAGUGCAACCUUCCCAGAUCCACUGACCAGCCCACUUCAGGGCCAGCUGACCGAAACCUCAGCCAGAAGCUAUGAAGAUCAAUUGACUCCCUGCACCUCUGCCUUCCCAGACCAGCUCCUUCCCAGCACUGCUACCUUCCCAGAGUCUCUGGGCAGCCCUGCCCAUGAGCAGCUGACUCCUCCCAGCACAGCAUUCCAAGCACACCUCAACAGCCCCAGCCAAACUUUCCCAGAGCAACUGAGCCCCAAUCCCACCAAGACUUACUUCACCCAGGAGGGAUGCAGUUUUCUCUAUGAGAAGUUGCCCCCAAGUCCUAGCAGCCCUGGUAAUGGGGACUGCACGCUCCUGGCCUUAGCCCAGCUGCGGGGACCCCUCUCUGUGGACGUCCCUCUGGUGCCCGAAGGCCUGCUUACACCUGAGGCCUCUCCAGUCAAGCAGAGUUUCUUCCACUACUCUGAGAAGGAGCAGAAUGAGAUAGACCGCCUCAUCCAGCAGAUCAGCCAGUUGGCUCAGGGCAUGGACAGGCCCUUCUCAGCUGAGGCUGGCACGGGUGGCCUGGAGCCACUUGGAGGUCUGGAACCCCUGGACUCCAACCUGUCCCUUCCGGGGGCUGGUCCCCCUGUGCUCAGCCUGGACCUGAAACCCUGGAAAUGCCAGGAGCUGGAUUUCCUGGCUGACCCUGAUAACAUAUUCCUGGAAGAGACGCCCGUGGAAGACAUCUUCAUGGAUCUCUCUACCCCAGACCCCAAUGGGGAAUGGAGUUCAGGGGAUCCUGAGGCAGCGGUCCCAGGAGGGGCCUCACCGCCUUGCAACAACCUGUCCCCAGAAGACCACAGCUUCCUGGAGGACCUGGCCACAUACGAAACCGCCUUUGAGACAGGUGUCUCAGCGUUCCCCUACGAUGGGUUUACUGAUGAGUUGCAUCAACUCCAGAGCCAAGUUCAAGACAGCUUCCACGAAGAUGGAAGUGGAGGGGAACCAACGUUUUGAAUAAGUCUGUGACUUAACGUCGUCAAGUAUGGCAUAUUGUCAUCAAGACGUGGAGCCGCUCUCCACCCCCCCGGGACUGUUGGGGGGAUUCUGGGGGCCAGAGGGGGAUAUAUCUGAUUCCCCAGGCCCUGCAGGAUGUUGGGGGGGGGGAGGUGGGAGGGCAAGGGAGGGGAGCUUCUUUUUAAAACUUAGAGACUUCAAGCAAUCCCAAUUUCCAUUUCAAUCUGUAUUCACUCGUAGUGAGUUUCCUUGAAUGGGAUUUCAAGCGGAGAAUGGGGGAGUCUCACUUCCCCACCCCCCGCACUACCCCAUGGGCCUGGGCCAGUUCUCCACUCCUGGGGGGCCAAGCCACCCCUGGGCCUUGGUGGGGGAAAGGCAGCGCCCACCUGGGCCAGCCUGUGCCCUCAGGGGCUCUUGACACCCACGUAGAAUUCUCUACACACCAGUAACGGGAUUUCAAUUCCGAUGGACUCUGCCGCCCUGGCGGCCCUUCUUGUGACUUUUGCGCCCCGCGCCUGGGGUGGGGGGCGCGAAGAGACGCUACGUUCCUUUCCGAUGGAGGAAGGCAGACCUGCCGCUGUCACACGUGUGCUUGCACGAGUGCGUGUACCCGGUGCGGGACUCACCCGGCUGCCAGACUGCCUGGGCCUGCCCAGGUGGCCACUGCGUGGUGCUGCGGUGACUUUGUAGCCAACUUUAUAAUAAA